UCUUUUAUGUACUGAGGCCGUCGUACGCGAUAUCCAACGGAAAUAGAGAUACUGUUACAUUACCAACAACAAAUACUCUCUAUAGACAUACAAUUGUGUAUCCAACAUAAAUAUAUCACCAUGGCAGUGUCAAGACAAAGUCAGAUAGACGCCGUCGAAUUAGACUCAGAAUGUUACCAACUUUUCCAAACUCAGCUAAACCAGUCUUUCACACAUUUACCAAUAAACAUCCUAAAGAAAAUUGAACCAGAGAUUUCAGCAUUGCUGAACCUUGCUGUUUAUGUGGUCCCCCUCUAUACAACUUCGAGCCUUGUGAGCCAUAAGCUAUUGGGCAUUGAGUUUAGUGACAGAACAGCUAGUCCACUCAUACAAAAGAAAUUUUAUGCUUAUAGCUUUGCCAUAGUUGGAAUGAAAUGGAUUUCCCAAAGAUGGAGUACAUUAUCAUCACACAUUUUAAAUGAGGGAAUGAUGCAAUCAGCUGCCCAGUUCCUAAGUUGGUUGCAUUUGUCUUCAAAAAUAUUCAACCUACUUAACAGCUUAGUGUUCCUGAAGCAAGGGCUGUACCCUACAGUUUUACACAGGGUUUUAAACCUUAGAACAAACCUGAUUGAUCCAAACCAGCCAAGGUCUACAGACCUUUCUACUUUAACUAGGGAAUUACUGUGGCAUUCAUUUGCUGAAACGUUGAUGUUUAUAUUGCCCUUAGUUAAUGUCCAUCGAGUCAAAAGCUGGUUCUCGAGAGUGGUCAUGCUAAGAGAAGACACUCAGACCAACAUAGCAGUGGGAAAGAAUUCACUGUGUGCUAUGUGCAAUGAAGUGCCCAUUAUUCCUCAAAAAGCUGAAUGUCACCAUACAUUCUGCUAUUACUGCUUGACGGCAAGUUUAGAAGCUGUACCUGAAUAUACUUGCCCCCUUUGUUCGUAUCUUAUCGGCAAGGGACAGAAGGAUGUUUAGCAAGCUCAGUCCGAGAAAAUCGAAUGGAUUGCUGCUACUUAUUACGUACGGAAAUGAUUGUGAUACAGGAAAAGCUGGAUUUAACAAAAAUUAGGGGCAUUACCAAACUUUAUUUUACUACAAUCACAUCGGCGGCGAACACUUCUAUUACUUUCCCUAUACGUUCAUUUGUUCUCAAGACGAAUGCAACAAAUCAAGUACAAAAAUGUAAAAUGUUAUGAAGAAUUUAUACACGUUAAGGUAGACGCCGAA